CUCGGAGGGCGGAAGCGGAAGGUGCCGCCGCGGCGGCAGGGGGUGGGGGCGCGGGCGGCCCCCGCGGUUGCUAUGGAGAGCGGGGGAGCAGGGGGCGCGUGACCGCGGCCCCUCCCUUCCCCUCCUGGCCUCGCCCAACGAAAAGAUACGGAAGUUGAUGAUGAAAAAUCUCCCUUGAGAAUGGGGCCUUUUUUUGCAUAGUUCCAACUUAAUUGUGGAACUUGCCAUCAAAGCUGUUAUUUCCCCUUCUGUGGAAGUGUUGUGAAGUCAUGGAAUCUCUGCUGCUCUGGAUAAUAUUUUAAUCUUGGAUCGUGACAGAUUGUUACCUGUUUGUGUUCAAUGGGACGACGAAUUCACUUUGUGGAUGACCCUCAGGGUUGGUGCUGCAUGGGCCUGAUUAUCUUUGUCUGGCUGUACAAUACAAUCUUCAUUCCAAAAGUCAUCCUCUUCCCUCAUUAUGAAGAGGGACAUAUUUCAGUUGUGGCAAUUUUGUGUUAUUACUUCUGCUCAUUGUUUUGCAUAUCUUCAUUACUAAGAGCCUCAGUAGCUGAUCCAGGAAAACUACCUGAAAACCCAAAGAUACCAAUUACAGAACGAGAAUAUUGGGAAUUAUGUAACAAAUGCAAUAUGAUGAGACCAAAGCGUUCACACCAUUGCAGUCGUUGUGGACACUGUGUGAGGAGGAUGGAUCACCACUGUCCGUGGAUUAAUAAUUGUGUUGGUGAAGACAAUCAUUGGCUGUUUUUACAGCUGUGUUUCUACACUCAGAUCCUUAGUUCCUAUACGCUGAUACUUGAUUUCUGCCAUUACUACUACUUUUUGCCUCUGAAAAAACAAAACUGGGAUGUUUUUGUAUUUAGACAUGAACUUGCUCUCCUAAGAAUAUCUGCCUUCACGGGUCUAAUAAUAUUAGGUGGAAUAAGUGGACUCUUUUACACUCAGCUAAUGGGUAUUUUCACUGACACUACAAGUAUAGAAAAAAUGUCAAACUGUUGUGAAGAGAUAUCGAGGCCCCGAAAGCCAUGGCAGCAGACCUUCUCAGAAGUUUUUGGCACUCAGUGGAAGAUCCUGUGGUUUAUUCCUUUCAGGCAGAGGCAACCACUGCGAGUUCCCUACCACUUUGCCAAUCACGUCUAAACAGAUGGAUGGUGGGCACAGAUGGGUCCUCCAUGCUGGAAGUGCAUUACAGGUUUUAUGAUAAUAGGACUAUGACAGUCUUCAAGUCAAUUAAAAUCCACCCACCAAUCAUAGGCAUCACAAUGUGCCCCAGGCUUUAUUUUAAUAGUGGUCUUGAUUCUGCUCUGAGAUUAAUGCAAGUUGUAUGUUUAACUUUAGGCAUAUUUACUUUCAAUUAGCUUUCCAAAGGGAUUUCUUUUGUCUUUUAGGUUAAUACCAAAGCUGAAUGACUGGAAUGCAGUCUUACUCUAUUUGUUUGAUACUGGCUCUUUUGAUUUUUUUUUUUUUUGGUAGAAAACACUGAAGUUUACAUUGAUUGUUAGCUUUCCCACUGAGUGUUUUAUUCGGUCUUGAAUUUUUUUCAGUGCUUUUAUCAGUAGGUCUGUCUAGAUAAUAUUAAUGUAUUUUUUGUGCUACAUGUGUUUAAAAUUCCCUGAUACUGCCAUUUAUUUAUGAUAGUAAUCCUGCAGCACUCCACUAUAAAAGGUAACAUUUAAAACUGAGGCAGACUUCUUCCUAAACCUUUCUCAGAGAUGUUUUUAUAAAUACAUGUAAAUGUAUGCGUUCAUAUAGAAAAAUCUUACAUCUUACAGUUAUCCUUCUGCACAGAUGUGAUCUUAGUGAAAAAUAUUCAUGUCUUUAUGUCAACAAAAGUGAUUAAAUGUUCCAGGGUAAAAUAUACAGACAGAAAGCAUGUUUCCCCUGUACCCCAAGGAUUUCUUUGCAAUAAUUCUACAAAAAGGUUGUAUGGUGCAAGUACUAGAGUGAUAACUUCUUAAAAAUGCAGAUUUAAUUAGUUAGCAUAAUGUACCAUAAAGAAGAAUAUAUUGUCAAUAAAAUUAUAAAUUUUGUAUUUACUUUGAUUUAAUAAUGAUUAUCUGGAAUUGGUCUAAGUGUUUGUAUAUGGGAAAUAUAUGUGAAAAUACUUUAAAAAAUUUAUACACAAAUACAGAUAUUUGCUAUUAACAUGUGUAGUGAAGUAUAUUAACUGAUUUAAUAGGGAACUAUAGCUUGUUGUGCGCCCUUUAAGUAUGGAAGUAGUUAACCGAAGAAAGCAUCCUUAAGAUUACAUCUGCUAAAAUGACAAUGAUGCCCAAAGUACUGGCUCAGCUUUGCUGUAUCUGGAAAAAUGAUGUAAUUUAUCCUAGCCUUCUGUAUCUAUACAAAUAUCAGCAUGAGAUGAUUUUUGAAAGUCCUGUGAAUUUUUAUGAGAAAUUAACUGCUUUCAGUGUUUUCAGUUAUAUGCUGCUUACUGUGUUUGUUGUCUAGUCUAACAGGACUAGGAUCCACCUUAAAUGACAGCCAUGCAACAGGAUUAUAGUAAAAGCCACAAAAUCAGCAUGUAAUAUACAUAGAUUGUGGUUGGAGAAAGUAAUUGUGAACAGUUCAUUCAAAAAGAAGGGAUGGAUUUGUCAUGAGGGCUAUUCAUAAUUAAUUUUUUCAUCAGCUCAUUUAUAAUUUUAACAGUCACUGCCAGUGUUGGGUGUCCCUUUAUUGAAUUAACAGAUGGUGAUGAUCCAUUGAAAGUUCAAAAAGGUGCAUCUUGAAAAUCACUUGAAUUUUAAACUUUUGUAAAUUUCUAACAUUUGAACCAACUUUACUUUCCUUCUUUUAAAAAUUGAUGCAAUAUUUCCUUCAUUUAAAUUUCAAGCCCAAUGUUCAACCAUUUUUUUACAUGGCAUUUUUAGAAGUGAACUUAGACUUUCUUUAAGAUGGUAUAGGCAGCAAUAUUUAAACAAAGGAGCUUGAGGAAAGUGGAUGGAAAGGUUGGAGCGAUGCUUGAAAUUAAAAAGAAUGUGCAUAUACAUUAUCAAGUAAUGGCUAUAUUUGCCUUUUUUUUUUUUUUUUUUUUUGCUAAGGAAUGCCAGUAUUAUAGUCUGUGAAUCACACAGGGAAAUAAUAGAAGUUUUAUGCGCCAAUAUUUAAAUCUGUUUCAUGAGCAAAGCAUGGUAGUUAAGUUUUUCAUGCUAAUCUACUAUCGCAGCAGAUCAUACAGUUCUGAAGCUUAUUAAGACAGUCAAGAAUUUAACUAUUCUUGAUACGUUCGCUGUGGGAGCACGUAAUUAUUCUUUCUGGUUUCUAGUAUCAUUGUUCCAGUUAAUUUAACCGUGCAUGGAGAACCAAAUCUGCAAUACCGAAUCUGCUCAAUGGUGGUACGCUUAGACAUAAACAGCGUGUUUCAUUUUUGUACCUGAUACACCACGAAGAGGCGGGACAAUGACAUUUCGCCUGCUUUGUGUGGAUGACCACCCACGGGCAGCCCAAGCGUCGUGCGCUGCUACACGCCCGCGCUCUCAAGCACAAGGUGGAAGGUGGUAACACACCUAAGGACCCCGCGCCGACCGUUGGCCCAACCGCCCGCGCUGACUGGGGUGUGCGGCCCCUGUGCGCUCUCCACGCGCCCUCUGUCGGCCAUCUUGCGCCACGACGGCGGGCUCCAGGCCCGGAGCGGGGGCGGUGCCCGGCUGAGCGCGUCAUGAUGACGCGCUGGGCAUGGAAGGGAGGUGUGUUGGGCGGGUUGGGGUGCGCGUCCCUGGUAGUGGCGGGGCUGGCCUCUCGGGGCGGGAGCACGUCAGCGGUGGGCGGGGUCUGUGCUGCGUGGCCGUGACGGGUUUCUGCAGGAAAUCUUCAGAACUGCUCGACUUUCCUUUCUAAAAUUCAAUUGCAAAAUUAAAAAUUAAAAAUCUGAAAA